UCCCUCUGCUUUGCUGCGGAGUUUACUUCCCUGGCGCCGUGGCUCUUGCCUUGUUCCUGAGUCCCCGUCCCCGCGCCUCCUCUUUUUGGCCGGGUGUCUCUCCUUCUUUCCCCUCCCUCCAGGCCUUCGUCUCCGGUGAGAAGGUUUGGCUUUAACAACUUCUUCUUCAUCAUCUCUAUCUGUCUCUUCACAAUGUUUCCGGUUCUACCUCCGCCUUACCGCAGCCAGAAUCAAGGCCAGCAGGGAACGGUGAAUGCUCUUCCUGGGGCAAACCAUCAACUUAAUAAUCUUUCUAAUUUGAGCAACAAUUUCACCCAACAGAUGCCUCAAUAUCCGUUUCCUGUGCCAAACAAUCCACUGGUCCCCCAAAAUGUGCUGGUCGCUCCAUACGUGGGCAGCCAACUCGCAGCUCCGGUGGUGGCGUUUGAUAAUCGUAAUGCAAACAUCCCGAGUUUGCUUGGCAACCCAUUGAGUUUUCAAGCACUAGAUUGUCAACUCAUUUGUCAGAAUCAGCCGCUGUCUUUGAAUCAGCCUCAAGGUGUCGUGCAUUCUAAUGAACGCCCUACUGUUCCUUCAUCGGCUUCUCAUAUGAUGACUCCGCCUAUGAUUCAUGGUCAUUCAUGCGCUCCCAGUCAAGUUGCUCAACCAGGUGGUUUUCUGAACCCCGGAUUCGUUAUCGGCGACUGUCGAAUGCGUCCCGGCAAUUCUGCUCUGAACUGUAAUGCUGCUGUUGUGCCUAGUAAUAUGCAACUGCAGAAUCAAUGCAAUUUCAUAGCCCAAUUACUGAAUCAGAAUAUGAUGCACUUAGCACAGGUACUUGCUCAGCAAGUACCUGUCGGAGGCUUACCUCGACCAGACCAAGUGACAACUGGGAUGCAUCAUAGCCAGCCAAGCUGGAGUACAGACGGAUUUCAACAGCACCUUAUGCAUGUUAGUCCUCCACCUGCGGUUAAUGGCCACGGUAGCUGCUCAACUGCACAGUCACAUCCUGCGGCUCGUCAAAAUUCAAGUUAUGUUGCCGGAAAUUCUCAUACAAGUCAGGGAAAUUCUCUUGGACUUCCUGUCUUGACCAUGAAUCAAAAUGGUAGUCACCUUGCACCUGCUGCUGCUCCAAAUCUAACUUCCGGGGUUUUUCCUCUGCAAGGUCAAUCUCUUCAAGGGAUGCAACAGAAGGAACAAAUGUUGAAGGUUAAGAGAAAUGAAAGUGAUAGCCUAAGUAUCCAUUCUCAUGGCGGUCAGGUAAAGACUGGUGGUAUUAGUUCAAGAAGAGGUUAUCAUGGUUCACACGGAAAAGAGUUGAAGAAUUCAAGAUUUCAUAAGCCUUCUACCAACCACCUGGGGCAGAGAAAUGACAAAUUCAUGAUUAGAACUGGUCAAGUCAAGAAAGGUGUGAGAAACAACACAUUCUUAAAUUCCAAAGGUCAAGAAGAUCAAAAGCGUAAAAGGUCCAUCCACUUGACAUACACAGAGGAAGAAAUUCUGCAAUGGCAAGAAGAACGAAAAAGAAACUAUCCAACUACUGCAAACAUUGAGAAAAAGGCAAAGAUGCUGUUGGAGAUGCAGAAAGAUGGCAAAUCUAUUGAUGCAAAUGCCAAGAUACGACGUCGCCAGCAACUCAAGGAGAUCCUAGCUAAACAGGCAGAGUUGGGAGUGGAGGUCGCUGAGAUACCUCCAGGAUAUUUAUCUGAUUCUCAAAAAAACUGUGCAAGAGGGCAUAAGAAUAAAUUUGGCAGGGGUUCAUUCAAAAACAAGUAUGGCAGGAAUACUGAAUUGCGUGGAGAUGGCAAACAACUUGAAAGUUUAGAUGAUAAGACCUCCCCACGGUCGGUGUUGAACAGUAGAAAACCAACCCUCCUGCAAAAGUUGUUGAGUACAGAUAUGGAAAGAGACAAGUCUCGCUUGCUGCAAGUUUUCAGGUUUAUGAGGAUUAACUCUUUUUUUGAGCAUUGCCCAGAGAUGCAUCUGCGGUUACCCUUGGUUACUGCAAGAGAUUGUCAGAGCAGUUCGACGCCUACAGAAUCGAUAGCUUUGGCAAAUGUUCGCAUUGGUGGUUAUGAUGAUGAUAAUGACGAUGAUGAUGAAAAUGAUGGGGUUGGUAAUGUUGGUCCCCAAGACGAUGGGUUGGAUGCUACUGUGGCUGUGAUCAAGGAAGAACAGAAGAUUUCUGAUAUUAUUGAGGAUCAAGAGGAGGGAGAAAUCAUAGAUUAGUCUCUCUCUCUCGUUUAUGCA